ACGAGUCAGCUAGGCAGACAGAAGAAGAAUAACUCUCAAUUCGGAGAUGACUUAAUCAGCCAUAGUGUAGAGGCGUGAAUGUGCCAAAAGUAGCCUGUUUUGUGUUUAGUUGUACCUGUCGUUUGAUAUUUUUACUUACUGGGUCUUUUUGCGUUGUAAGAUCUUUGCUGAGAAUCUCCUGAACGUCGUCGUGUUUUUGUUUUCUGCAACGUGAGCCAGGCUAGCGCUGCUGACUCUGCAGAUAACUUUGCUCACUGUCACUGUUGAUGGUGUCGUCGGUAUGUUUGUUGCUUUAUUUACUAAUACAUUAGCGUGCUUUGCAACUCUCAUGUCACGCAUGAGCUCGUUCUCUAGCAACCCGCUGGCGUUGUUUUGCUCUCACCGUGUUAGCUACCUGUGAUAGUGUUUCGGGUGUUAUUAAAGCUUGUGCGCGGUUACACAUGUUUUUGUUUUGUUUUUUAAAGUAAUUAAAUGCCAGUUAAGUAACCCCCAAAUGCUUGGCUGUUUGGCACAUCUGUUGUGAAUGUGCUGCUACGUUAUCUUGAACAUACAGGACAUUAUUUCUAUGGCAGCAAACUGACGUGAACUUUUGACCCUAUUUCCGUGGCAACACGCUUUCCGAUUAUUCGCAUUACAUGGCGGAGUGAAACUAUCUGAUGUUUUUGAUGUCCGGACUGUUUCUGUCUUCAGACGGGUACCGGCACCACUGUAAGUCCAGGUGAAGGAGAUCAGCCUUCCUAAAUGCCAGCUCUGGAUUCCUGCUGGCCCAUGAUCAAGUGAAGAGGAGAAGGAAGGACUACACCAUCUCAACCAACAAUGAAAGGUCAACUAACAUGCAAACGUGUCAUUUUUUUCUCAUAAAUAGAGUCAAAGCUUUCUUUUUAUAGAUGUUGUUGGAGCUGGAAAUGAUUUUAUGAUAAGAGACAGAAAAGGUGUUUGGGCUGAUUGAUGGUAUUCUGAUGAUAUUUUAAAAUAAUAAGGCAAAUUCAUGUUCUCACAAGGCCUGUUUAAAAACAUAAAUAAUCUUUGUAGACACUGCAGGCAGCUCUGCCUGGGUGGCUGUUGAGCAAUGUUCAUGUCCCCCUACUAAUAACAAAGUUUUCCCAAUCUACGUAUAUGGCACCAAAUCCAUUACAGGUGCUGACUAGCUGUCAGAAAAAUAACACUGCAUCUGACUUGCAGCCAGCUGAGAAGAAUGACAGAAUAUCUUUUACUUGCGAGGAGUCAGCAGCUUACAACAAAGGCAGCUUCCUCUGACUGAGGAAUUCAGAUUUUUACACAUCCUUUAUGCAGUCAAUAAACAGACACUUUCACCCACUAACAUCAUCUCACAAGUGGCAUGACAUUACAACAGUAUCCAAAUAGGGUAAAGGUUGCAGCUGUGAUCUGUACUGGGAAGACAAAGACAGUUUAGUUCAUCAUCAGGUUCCUGCUUAUCAGUUCAAUGUCACACUGUUGGGAAAACAAUCUGUGGGGUGAAAUUGUAGCAUUCAUCUACUUGCAUGACUUCAGCGGAAAAGUAUCAGUCCCAACUCCAAGGCCAUACCUCUCCUUUCCCAUGCUCAUUAUAAAGAAACAGAUAUAAUCCUGCAAGCAUUCACGCCAAGUGAUUUUUCAAUAAAUGAUGAUUAACAUAAUGAUAAAAUACAAAUGUGAUAGCAUACACAUACAAUUUUUCUCUCACUAGCAUUAAAUAUAAUCCUGUUAUGAUGUGUUGAAUAAUGUAGCCAAGUUUAAGGUUGCUUCUGGCAUAAAUACAGUCAUGUUCAGAGAUGUGCAGCAUAACUCUAUAUUUUUUCCUUUUUCUGUUUUCUUGACUAAUUAGAAAUUUCACCUGAAUCUUGCUACUGGAUAAAACAAUGUACACUAGAUUAUACUGUUAAAAUGCUGUAUUACGAUAAAUGCAAAACAAAACAACAACAUGGUAUAAGCGUCAUAUAUUGGCCAUUGGCUGUCCAGCUCUCUAUUUAUUGCUAUUAGCAUCUGCAGUUAAAGAAAUAUCAGCAGACUGCUAUUUUUGAGUCAUGGUGCCUUGUGAUUUUUCAGUGCGAUCUCAGAAAAAAAGGAAAACACAACCUAAGAGGACAUCAUCAAAAAGAGCCACCACAGCCACUGUUUCACCUCAAGCCUCAGACGAAUCAGAAGCGGUGCCUGACAAUGCUUUGGCGGCGAGCUCCUCACCAUGUACUCCAAAAAGAAGGAGGGUGCCAACAGAAAAGACUCCAGAAGCUUGUCUGACUUCCACACCAGUCCACAGCUCCUCCACUGACCUCCUGUCUGAUAUUUCAGAGUCCCCUUUAGGGUCCAAACGAAAGGGGCGGAGAUGCAAGAAAAUCUGCACUCAGUUAGAGGUGUUUAUCCUAUAUCCUAUGUAUUGGUAGAUUAUGAGAUUAUGUAUCUGGCUACACUUUUCAGUUAUUGCACUUAUAAUCAGUGAUAAUCUCAAACUUCUGCUUCUCGUGCUCCUCUGCAGACAUCAGAGAUAAACUCACCCAGCACUGGAUCGAACUCUCAAACUACAAGAAGAGGGGUUAAGGCCUCCAAGCCUGUGCGAGCGAGAAAAAGGGUGACCAAAGAGCAGACUUGCGUUGAUACAAAUGGUGCACCAGCUAAACGGCGGCGAGGCAGGAUCAAAGCAGGAAGUUUGCAGAAGGAUGUCAACGCAAAAUCAUCCGGACACUCAAGACCAAGAUUUGAACCGGAGGAAGGUAUUGUCUGUUUGAUGUUGAAUUAAAAAUUUGAGAUACUCUUCAGAAUUAUGAGGCUGCAAGAAUCCAUAUUACAUCUAUGGAAACGCUGUUACUGUAAAAAUCUAGAUGAUUGAAAGUGUCUUAUUGAUUUUUUUUUUGCUACAUCAUUGUCUUUGUCCCACCCCCAGACAACGAUGAGUCUUUGCUAUCUUCAGAUCUAUCAAUAGAGCUGAGUCAUCAUGAGGAGCAGCUUUUGUCUUUGUCCAUCCAAGAAGACAUAGAAAGUGAAGACGAGGAAGAAGAGGAAUUACCAAGUUUCUUGAUGCAGGAGGACAAAAGUGAGUGAGAAAUCAGUGACUGAAUACAGAUGCAUUCGACUACAUAUUAUGACCACAGACUCUAUAUUAAGUACUUCAAUACUUGUACUUCUAUCCUUCAGAGCCGCCCUCUAUCACAGCAGGUGCAUUUGUGUGGCACAAAUAUAGAACUUAUCCAUUCUGGCCAGCAUUGGUGAGUGCAGAAACCCAUGUGGAUCCUCUUCAUUGGCAGUUUUGUUUUUGAAUGCUUGAGUGCAAGAUUGCUAACAAAGAUCAUAACCUGUACACAAGAAAUAUUAAUGUUCUUGCAUUUGAGAAGUCUAUGUGAUUUUUUUGACAACUCAAGCACUCAGUUGGACGUUUAUUAAAAUAUCCUAUUUUUAACAGAAUACUUAUUUUGAUUAUCUGACUAAUUAUUUCAGACUAAAAAAUGCUUUCACUUGAAUGUAGAUGAUUCUCAGUUAGGUCAUUCAUUAAAAAAGUUUUGGGUAUUGAAUAUUCCUCACCCCAAAAAUGUCUUUAAUUGAUAGAAUGUCAUCUACAUUCAACUUCAUUCUUGACCCCGAAAAAUAUUCUUUGUCAGUAAUUGUAAACCUUCAUGUUAAAAAUCAGACUUUUUGUCCUUUCUGCAGGUUAAGAGUGUAAUCCAGAAACAGAAAAAGGCCAGCAUAUUGUACAUAGAUCAACCACAUCUACAUCAAAGAAAGGGGUAUUUCCUGUCUCUUUUCUCUUGCUAUAUUGAUGUCUCGUCAUUACUUUAAUCUGUUAGGCUGUAAGCACCUCUAGACCUAGAAGUUUCUGCACACACAGUUCUUGAUCCAAGAGACAGCACCUAGUUAUUUGGGAUUUCCAAACUAAGUUAUAUCAAAUAAAAAGACAUGCAGGAAAUCUGGGACACCAGAUAGGAUUGCUAAAGCUCUGUGCCGUUCAAUCUCUAGUUGUCGUCUUUACAUUUUCAAAGGGAAUCUGUAAACAGAGAUUGGACUAAGAACCUGUGUUUACACAUGGGAGGUACAGAAGUUUACAUUUGUUGUAUUGUUGUUUGAUCUUUGGCAUUGUAGUAUUGAGCAACAGUGAAUCAGCAGCCUUGGUUAAGUAGAAAACAGUUCAUAUGAGGAGCAGAAGUAUAUAGAUCCACUCUGAUGGCACCUUAUCAACGGUGACUUGCGGCUGGUUUAUUUACCGAUAUAAACAGAAAUCUGCAUGCAACCACGGACUAGUGGUGAUUAUCUCUUACAGAUCAAAGGUUUAUCUGACUUACAAACAUGCAUGGUGCUGGGAUGUAGAUCUAGAUUGUUGUAGAUAGUUAUAGAUCAUGCUUCAGAUCUACCAAAAUUAUACAUUUUAAAGGGUGUUUCCUCUAGAGGACAGGCUUAACAAAUCUUGAACUUCUACUAUUUAGAAAUCUGCAUCAUGUUGCUUAAAAAUGAAGCACACAGAAAACAAAGUCUUUGCUGGAAGUUGAUUAUGGCUAAUCGCUGGUUGGCCUUUGUUGUCAGAAACAGUGUCCUUUAUUUUUGUUAAAACAAUGGCUGAAAUGUUUAGGUAUUUUAACAUUUCGAGUGAACUGCUAGCAGACUUUCAAAGUUUGCAUUUUGAAAGCUAUUUUUUUUUACAUUCAUUCUCUUUAAUACUUAAGUUGUACGCAUGUGCUUUCACAGGUUGACUGUACCCCUAAAAGAUAUAAAGCCCUUUGACUGUGAAGAAGCUGACGAGCUUGUGGUAAGAACUGCUCAAAAUCAAAAACUAAUUUUUCCAGAACUGUUUUUUUGUUACUCGUUUAACCAUCAGUUUAACCAUAUCUCUUGUACUAAUCAUGUUAUAGUGCAAAGCAAAGGAGAUGUUAAGACCUGCCAUUGAAUGGUCCCUGGAGCUCAUAACAGACUACAAAAUACGUAAAGGUAGGUUUUGUUAAUUUGUGCUUGUUUACCUACACUAUACACAGUCUUGUUCUGGUGGCUCUGUGUAUUAGAAAUAUUAAUCAUGUUUUGUCUUUGUAGCAUGUGGCUCAUUUUCAGGCUCCUUCAUUGAGUACUUCGCUCAUGACAUGAGUAAGUUUCAUCAUACAUGACCAGUCAACAUGGCACCACUGAGUAUAAACAGAGAGGAAUUUGAACUCAAGACCUGAGUUCACCUGCAGCCCUAUGUGUACAUGAUUUUGCUUUUUACUAUCCAGGCUAUCCAGUUAGGAGAAAGUACCCACAGGAUGCCUCAAAGACGCUAACCAUUGCUGAUCCCUUGUUGGAGAUGUCAUCUGAUGAUCUUCAGGACGAUAGCUUUAGUGAACAGCAGGAGGAGAUUACCAGGAGUUCGAAGAGGCUACUGCCUGACAGGAGUCAUGCUGCCUACAACCGUGCCAAUGAGAAGCUUGUACAGUUCAUCGUAAAGCAGCGAAAGGUCGAAGGAAGACUUCUGGUAUGAUUAAUGGAGUCUGAUGUUUGAUAAAUCUCGCUCCACAUAUUGUAGGUUUUUGGUGACUUUAUUUCAAUACUUUACACUUGAUCAUGGAGCCUGACAAUUUUCCAUCAGUGAAUUAGCAAAGGUUGUUUUGUGGGUCCUAUGACCAAACACAGGUAACAAAUAUAAUCCACAUGUGGGUGGGCUCAGAUGUAUGACGCAAAAACAAACAGGCAGUAAAUGUGAAGAAGGCAAAUGAUUGUAAGAUUUGAACAUGUCUGGAUUUUUGUAGUAAGGUUAGGGUUUAUGUCUGCAGUUGAUGAGACUUUACCAAAACUAAACUCACCCACUAUGAGAUUCUGAAUGGGUGUGAUAAAAAUACUAAAUGUAUGUGAACAAAUCUUGAAGUAAAAAUUGUACUUGGCGCUCCUCCACCCUGCUUUGGAUUAACUAGAACCCUCUCCUUGUAUCUUUGUCCUCACAGGCUGUUAUCGGUGGGCAGCAACAGUCUCAAUGGCUUCGCUCCUUUUUGAGUGCCAGUCACAGACAAGUGGUAAACGUAUACCUGGAAGAUGACCAGCAGUUAGAGCAGGUUUACAGGUACCUUAAUGAGCUCUUUUCAUCAGCUGUGGCCACUGCCCCUUGUCUGGCUAAAGUGAAGUCCACCAACAGUGUCUUCUUUGUCCUGGAUGUGCUUCUUCCUGAGGUGAACUGAAGUUUUCUUCAACACUUGUUCUUGUCAUGUAAUUUUAUUAAAGAGUAUAGUGUGUCUGCUUAUGUGCUGUUCAUGGUAAAUGAGGAAAAGCUAUUGAGAAACAACUGUCUCCCUGUACAGGCCAUCAUAUAUGCCAUAGCUGGAGUGGAGAAAGUCUCAGUGAAAAAGGCAGAGGAAAAAUACCUGAAAGGGCGAUGCGUAAGCAACAGGUAAGCAUGAAAUGAGAUAAUCUGCCACAGUGUUUACCCUCAAUAUUCUCUUUAACUGUGUUUUUACUCUUCUUUUUAUUUCAGAGAAAGACAAGAGUUUGACCUGAUGAUUGAGAAACUUAUAAAAAAGAAAUUACAGAACCAGAAUAAUACUCCUGUAUUAUCUUCAGAAACUAUUGUUUAAAGGACUUCAACUGAGGUUAACUAAAGGGAACUAUUUUUAUACAUUUCUAAUAAAUUGUUAUUGUCGGUGCGAGCAAAAUUAUUUGGACAGUCUCUUUAUCAGACACCAAAGGAUAUGAUGCUACACCACCAAGCUGCUGUGAGUGCCCUGCCCAUGGAUUGGAGGCCCUUAAUCACAGCGCCAUCACAUCAUGAAAAAUGUAAUUCCUUCUUGUUCAUCUCUGCCUUUUGUGCUUCACAUGCUGCCUUUGAUAUGAUAUUUGGCUUUUGCAGUAUUGUCAUCAUGAUAUAUCAUUGAACCACUGGGACAAAUCUGCAUAUUAACCGAUUGGAUGUGAAUCUGCCAUCUGAAGUUACUCCUUGUGUAAACAUUAGUAACUGUUUAAUACUUCUUUCUGCACUGUCUGGACUCCUUUUUUUUUAAUUUCAGGUUUCUUCUUUCAUUGGUAUGUGUUUGGGUGACAUUUGCAGUCUACUCGUCUUGACAGCUAAUGGCAGCUACAUUAUUGCUGUCUUGAUGCUUGUGUUUGAGUUAAACAAUGUCCCUAUUGUCUUAAGACCUCAUUUUAUUCAUGGCUUUAAUUUUUAAAAGACUUUUUAAAAAAUUUUCUUUUGAACUUUUUAUUAUGCAUCCUCCACAUUUGACUGAACGUGAUGUAACUGCAGAUCUUCAGAAAGAAGUGUGGUUUUGGAACAAAGAAGAACUAGUCAACAUGUCUAAUGGUAACAAAUGUCCUUACAAAGCCGAGAAGUCUUGUCACAUCUCUCUGUUGACUCCUUUUUUACAUGCCUCCAAUAAACUAUAUCUGUGUAAUUUCUUCCAUGUAUCUUUGGAAAAGCUGAUUCAUACUGAGGUCACAUAAGUGCCAAAUAAACCAGCCUUUCAUUUUUUCUAAGCAA